GGUACCAGGCAUGUGCACAGCCAGCUCACUGUGGAAGCCAAUAAUUCAGCAGGCUGUACUGGGAGCUAGUAAGCUACUGUAGAAGCCAAUAAUUCAGCAGCUUCUCUGUUCGUUCCUUCUCACAAUCUCACCCGGCCGUUUCCUCCACCGCAUCCGGACCUUAACCAUCCUCUUCCCUUCUUCGUUCCAUUCUCCUCCUGCCGUCAUGAGGAACAGAGAUUCAGACUUGAGAGAUCUGUUGUGAUCCUGCCUGCGCGACAAAGAUUCAGACUUGAGGUACCUUACAAGCAUAAUUAGGAUCCAAGAUACACAAUUGUCCAGCAAGAGAUCCAUGGCUGGGUUAAUUGUGAGCGCUUCGACCGGCGUGUUGAAACCACUCUUGGUUAAGCUAGCCACCCUCAUGGCGGAGGAGUUUGCCAAACUCAAGAACUUGCGGAAAGAGGUCAAGUUUAUCAGCGAGGAGCUUACCAGUAUGAAGGAUGCCCUUGAGAGGCUUUCAGAUUUGGACGAGCUAGACAAGCAAACAAAGGGAUGGAGAGACCAAGUGAGAGAGAUGUCUUAUGAUAUUGAGGACAUCAUUGAUGACUUCAUGCACCACAUUGAGGAGAAAAGUGAAACCGAUGGUCUUGGAAGGAAGACUGCUCGACUACUCAGAAAGUUGAGAUCCCGCCAUCAGAUUGCCAGCCAGAUUAAAGAGAUCAAGGCACUUGUGCUUGAGACAAGUGCACGGCGCCAAAGAUACAAGCUUGAUAUCCCGCCGUCAAGCGAUGUGGCCAUGGACCCACGAGUUAAAGCACUCUAUGAAAAAGCGGCUAAUCUUGUUGGUAUGGAAGGGCCAAAGAAUGAGAUUGUCGAUUGGCUAAUUGAUGAGGAGAAGCAGUUGAAGGUGGUAUCAAUUGUUGGAUUUGGAGGUCUAGGCAAAACAACACUUGCCAAUGCGGUUUAUGCUACGCUCAAGGGCAAAUAUGACUAUGACUAUUUUGCUUUUGUACCAGUAUCUCAAAAACCAAACAUCCCAAACCUUCUCCGUACUUUAUUAUCCCAACUUGGGGGUACACCAUUUCCUCAUGAUUGCGAGUUAAAUAUUCUUCUCGACGACCUCAGAGAACAUCUACAAAAUAAGAGGUACUUGAUUAUAAUUGAUGACAUAUGGACUGUAUCUGCCUGGGAAAUAAUUAAAUGUGCAUUCCCAGAAAGUGAUCUUGGCAGCAGAGUAAUAGUAACUACAAGAAUUCAGGAAGUGGCCGCGGCAUGUCGCUCUGAUCGUCGUCGUGAUUACAUUUUACAAAUGAAGCCCCUUAGCAAUGAAGAUUCAACAAAAUUGUUUUUUGAUAGGAUAUUUGGCUCGGAACAAGCUUGCCCUCAACAGCUCAGAGAUGUUUCGAUUGAAAUUCUGAAGAAGUGUGGCGGUUUGCCUCUUGCAAUCAUUAGUAUAUCUAGCAUGCUAGCCAGUGAAGGUUCCAACCAAAAGAACAGGUGGAAGCAUGUACAUGAUUCUCUAGGCUCAGGAACAAACCUCACAUUGGAAGGGGUGAGGAAAAUCUUAAACCUCAGCUACAAAGAUCUUCCUCCUCAUCUCAAGACAUGUUUAUUGUAUCUCGGUAUGUAUCCGGAGGACUACGAAAUAAGUAGGACUGCUUUGGAAUGUCAAUGGAUGGCCGAAGGUUUUAUUGGUAAGGAAAAUGGACAUGAGGCGGAGAAGGCCGCAAGAAAUUAUUUCAACGAGCUUGUCAAUAGGAGUCUUAUUCAACCCGUACAAUUUGACGAGCAUGGGUCAGUGAUAAGUUGCAGAGUACACGAUAUGAUGCUCGAUCUUAUCUUGCUCAAGUCUGCACAAGAGAAUUUUUUCACUAUAGUGAACGACCCACAAGAUUUUGCAGGAUUGCAAUACAAGGUCCGCCGGCUGUCUAUCCGCUUUGAUGGUGCAACUGCAAGGAAGAAUGGUCAAACAAUAAUACCGAAGAACACUAGUGUGUCACAGGUUCGGUCAGUUAUGUUCUUUGGGAGCUCUGAGAAUACACCUCCUCUGUCAGAGUUCAAGUUCCUCCGAGUGUUUUUUACUGGUUUGGCCCGUUCUGCUGCAGUAGACCUCAGUGGACUGUGUAAACUCUAUCAGCUGAGGUAUUUAUCGAUUAGUUACGGUUGGUCAUACCAACUACCAACACAUAUUAGAGUGCUACAACACUUGCAGUCACUUGGGGUGCCCUUUUGUGACAGUAUACCAUCAGAUAUGGUUCAUCUACGACACUUGAUGCAUCUGGUUGCUUGUUGUAGGCUACCUGAUGAGAUUCGCAACUUAAAGUCCCUACGAUAUCUAUGUUCAUUUGAUUUAGAGCUAAACACGCUAGAUAAUUUUAAUGGCCUUGGGGAGCUGACCAAUCUAAGGUAUCUAGCUCUCCACCACAACCUUGGGGAUGACAAGGAGAAACACAUGGAUGCCCUAUGCUCCUCCUUGGGAAGACUUUGUAACCUCGAGGAACUAUAUGCCGAGUUGGAUGGCUGCAUGGAUGGUUUGAUGCCAUUGUUUUCUCCCUCGACUCCUUGCCGCCUUGAGAGAUUUUCCCACACUAAGGGCAGCUGGUUUUCCAGAGUCCCUAGAUGGAUGGGGGAACUCCGUAACCUCAUCUACUUGCGCUCUGAAGUUGGAGAGCUGCUAGCUGAUGGUGUUGGUAUCCUUGCAGAGUUGCCCGCCCUCACCCACCUCGAUAUAACAAUACGACAUGACAAGGAAAUGACUGUCAUCUAUGGGGGAGGAGCGUUCCUUGCUCUAAAGCGUUUUGAUCUCUUAUUAAGCAGCCCGUGGCACCUGAUGUUCCAGGCUGGUGCGAUGCCCAAGCUCCAGAGGCUUGUGCUGUGGUACAAUAAUGGCAGUGGAUCGGAGCAGAACGGGGCCGGACCUGCCGGCAUCGAGCACUUGUCAGCACUUGAAGAAUUGUCCGCAAAAAUCGCCUGCAAGGGUGCUACGGAAUCCGAGAAGGCAAGCGCAGAGUCUGCCUUGAGGAGUGCUAUCAACAUGCAUCCCAACCAUCCUCGUCUUGUAAUCGAGCUUACCGAUCACAAACUGACUUGCGUAGACUAAUUUUUCCUUGGGCUCAGCAGCAAACAGCUGGAAAUUUAGGAGUAGAUGGUGAGACCAUGAGAAGAUUACAGAUGGAGAUGUCCAAGCUAGAAGAUCGACCUACCGUGUUGCUUCAUGUUGCCUCGCUUCAACGAACUGUGUUUAUUCUGUUAUGUCAACCUGACUUAUGAUCUCGACCAUUGGAGUUGCUCAUUGCAUCUCCGAGAUGACGAUCUUUAGCUAUGUUUGUAAUAAUAAUAAGGGCUUGUUUGUUGGAGAUGAUGACUCGGCCCACCGAUUUAUCUUGAUUUUUACUUUGGUGUGUUUAUUCUGUGUCUGCUUGUAUUGAACUGAAGGAUCCCCUGUUUGAAGGUUUAUGCUAAAUUCUUGGAUCGGUCUGCCAA